AUGGCCACCAUACCUUAUCCAGUAUUUGAUGGCACUAAUCCCAAGUCAUGGUUAGCUCAAAUGGAAGGAGCUAUGCUUGCAAAUGGUAUAGCAGCUGAUAACCAUGCCAGACGCUUAGGCAUUGCCUCUUACCACAUGGGACCUUUUCAAAGCUGGUUAGCUAACCAUAAUCCAGCCAUAGUACAAUGGGAUAAUACUCGAGCAGGACAUCACGGAUUUAAGCAACACUUUCUUGCUGAAUUUUUCAACAAUGAGACCAAAGAAGAAGCUCUAACCAUUGCUGAAAGACGGAUUCAGAAACCAGGAGAAUCUAUUGAUAUGUACAUUGCAGCACUCAGAAGAAUUUGGCAAGAAUGUGACCCUAAUGAGAUGACUGACUACCAUAAGCUCAAGAAUUUCCUUAGUGGGCUAACUCCUGCUAUCAGAAUGUCAGUUAAACAGACCAUGCCAGCUGACCUCAAUGCAGCAAUCACUACAGCCAAGGCGCACUAUAGAGCUGUAAAAGAAGAAAUGCAGCCUGAACCAUCAAUGGCAGCCACUGAAGUAAAUGAAGCUUUAACAGCAGAAAUUAAAGAGCUAAGAGAGAAACUCAAGCAACUGGAAAUGAAAGAACCAGCCCAACAAAAUCAAUGGAGAAGACCAGAGCAUGUUAGACAAUCCGUAGUGAACAUGCAUUGCUUUUACUGUGGAAAAAUGGGACAUAGGCAAUUUGACUGUAGAAUUAAAGAAUUACACAUCAAACAGGGCAGAAAACUUAGGUGGUAUCAACCUCCGCCUAGAAAUGACAGACUAUAA